CACACCCCCUCCCUCCCUUCAAUCCUCCCUCUCUUCCCCCCUCCCCCAUUCCAUGCCAUAUCUGAUUCUUCUCUGACACAUCCCUUCUAAGGAAUCUCUCUCGCUCAUCUGUCUCUCUCUCUCCCACCCUCACUCUCUCUCUCCCCCCAUUUUCAGUCUGUUUCCCGCCAUCCCAUCAUUCUGUUACUCUUUCGUGUCUCUUUCUCACCUUCGUUUCGAUCGUCUCCCAGGACCGAACACUUAGGGUAGUAAUACACCGGGCAGGCCCAAUUCUUUCUUUUGCUCUCCUUUCUCUCGACGGCAGUCGCAUCACCUGUGUCUGGUCAUCGUUGAGGCUGGUCCUUUCUCAGACAUCUCCCGUACCGGUUUCUGAACCUCCACGAUCGUUUACGCUCUGCCGCUGUACACCUCUUUUCGCCAUUCUUCUUUUUGGCCCUUUCGUUUUUCUGCUACAUCGCUCCGAACUUACUCGCCGUCGCACCUCUUCAAUUUUUGAUCUAAUAAUUUUCACAUCCUUUGCCUGGCCCUGACAGAAUCGGUUGCUUGUGUCCGUGAUGUAUUCUCAACAUGGUGCUUCAAUGGCACCGCCGCAGAAACCCGAAACUUUUAUGCUUUCCAAUGAGGCCCAGCAAAGUCUUCCACAGGAUGCACAGGUUGCGCUCCAGCAGGUCGACAAUUUAAAAUACUUCCUAAUUUCGGCCCCCGUUGACUGGGCGCCGGAUCAACUCAUCAGACGUUUCCUCCUUCCUACAGGUGACUAUGUCUCUUGCGUUCUCUGGAACAAUCUCUUUCACAUCUCGGGGACUGAUAUCGUGAGAUGUCUUUCUUUCCGCUUCCAGGCAUUUGGCCGACCUGUCAAGAACACGAAGAAGUUCGAAGAGGGUAUCUUCUCAGACCUCAGAAACCUUAAAGCUGGAACAGAUGCUUCACUCGAGGAGCCGAAAAGUCCCUUUCUCGACUUCUUGUAUAAGAACAACUGUAUCCGUACGCAGAAGAAGCAAAAGGUUUUCUACUGGUACAGCGUGCCGCAUGACCGGCUCUUCCUGGACGCUCUGGAAAGGGAUCUCAAAAGGGAAAAAAUGGGCCAGGAAGCCACUACAGUGGCCGUGAACGAGCCCGCUUUAUCGUUCCAGUUCGAUUCAUCCCAAUCUCUGUACGAGCAGUUGACAAAAGCACAGCAGGCGAACUCCUCUUCGUUCUCUGCCCACGCUAGCACAGCGUACCACUCUGCGUCCCCGAUGAUUCGAACCACCGAUUCCAUGCCUCCUCCCCAGCUCCCUCCAGCGAUGCCUAUUGUGCCUGAAGAAACACAUGAUCAAGGUAUCUAUAAUUCAGUAGGCCUUACCAGUGCAACUACUACCAUGGGAACUGGCGGUAUCAAGGCUGAACAAGACUUUGGUCAGGUUCAGUACGAUCGUAACGGCGUUCCUGUACCGAGAAUCCACCAGCGCCACACGUCGAUGCCGACUUACAUGGAAUACUCCCCUGCUCCGUCCUUUGUGUCGUCCCACUAUGAUGAUUAUGGCCAUCGCGGCAUCAGCUUUGAACCCAUCACUCCACCCCAACACAACGUUCAACUUGGUUCAGAGCCUGCAUAUAUUGCAAAUGAAGAUACUGGUCUUUACACCGCCAUUCCUGAUAUUGGUACUACGGCAGCAUUCAACGCCAUGAUGCAGUUGCCUCCUUCGAAUUUCGCUGCUCCUCAGUUUUCCACUGCCUCACGCACUUUUCCAUCGACGAAUGUUUAUUCUGUGAUUGAAGGGUCGCCCACAUAUAAGCAACGAAGAAGGCGAUCUUCAAUUCCUCCUGGAAUCACUAAUGCCAUCGCUGCUGCUACUGGUAACGGGCAGACUCAUUCAAACCCCCAUGCUGCACAUCGGCCAAGCGACCUCCACCAUUCAAUUUCGGUCCAGGACGGAGAUGAAUCGAACCAGGAGUCUCCACCCGGCCUUACUCAUAGUUACAAGGCGGAGGAAACCCAAAAGAUGCAUUCCCAUGAGAACUCAAGAUUGGGGACUCCGCUACCAACUUUGGACGAAACACAGGCCGAUGACCAUCUGUCUCUGAUCAAUCCCCAACCCGAGAUGCCUAUGUUAACCAGUGGCGAGGCUCUCGAAAGUUCGGGUUCUUCCAACAGUCGGUCAAAUGUCCCUGGACCAGUUCGUCGGGCCAGGAGUGCAACUAUGAUGGAGCUCGGGCCAUACCCCCAGAAAUCCCAUUCGUGCCCGAUUCCAUCAUGCGGACGGCUGUUCAAGCGCUUAGAACACUUAAAACGGCAUGUUAGGACUCAUACUCAAGAGCGACCAUACCCCUGCCCUUAUUGUAACAGAGCGUUUUCACGAUCAGACAACCUUGCACAGCACCGUCGUACCCAUGGUGCUCAAGCUGGCCAGCAGCCAUCUGCCAACUCCAACGAAGAGGACCGCGAACAGCAGGAACCCGAACAUGAGGCCACGGAUCAGGAGCAUACCACUUCUGAUACCAGCUACCUGCCCACUACCGUGAAUAUGGCUAGUGUUAGCAUGCCUUCGAUGUCUAUCCCUAACUUACCGUCUAUGGUUGCUCCACAGAUGAUCAGCCCUCAGCUCCUGCAACAGCAGAUUUAAGUACAUUCCCCAUUGUGGGGCAUGUGGCAGGGUAGAGCGAUACAAUGCAUCUGAGUGAAUGGAGAAUGUCUUAUUUGAGGGGCAUUAAAACAAAUGUGUUGCUUCCCCCCCCUUUUAUUUUGCUCCCAUGAUACCCCCCUCCCUUUAACCCCCCCCACACACACACACACAAAGAUCAUCCCAAUUUCCUUCUGCAUUCCCUGCAAUUUAUGGCGCCAGAAGUCUUUCCAUAAAUCCCUCCAUGGUUCGAGAUAUGGUUUUUGGUACACUUGUUUAACUCACUGCAAUGUUUUCUGGAUCUAUCUGCUGUUCAUCUGCAACAAAGAUAUGAGCCAUCAAUCAUGUUAUGCUGCAUCUGAAGCAGACACGGUCUCUUCAGUGGUUAUUUCUGAAAUUUUCCUUAGGCUCGUGAGCCAUGCUUCUUAUCCUUGAACACUCUUCAGAGUCUUUUCCGGUCACGCUGCCGAGGCAUAUUCAUGAUCCAGCGGGUCUCAAUCUUUUGUAUCAAUUCCCAAGGCAUGCAUUCUCACUUCUCACCCCAAUAUUACAUUUUUAAUACACUUCCCCUCAGCUUGCUGUUUCUCUUUUACAUUCUGCCAUGGAGUUCCUACCCUUUUAUGAGGCUACCGCCUUUCCUUAGCGCUAGAAGUCGCUACACCACUGCGACAUGCUUUUUCUUUUUUAACGCGAGUAUGGCUUGAGUGACAUGAUGUGUCGUGCUUACGAUUCUGAUGGUGCGAUUAUGGGUUCCUCGAAAAGAGGCAGGGUGGAAUGACGAAAAAGGAAGCACGAUGUGGGUUUUGGUUUUCUAUUCUGCACGGUUUAGAUAUCAUGUCUUGGGCAUUGAGCUCCAAUCUUCAUAUAGAUAUCAACGCACCACUUGGUUUAUUAUUCAAAGUUUCUUUAUUUUUCUUUUCUAGGUGUAUACUCAGGAAGGGCUUUUCAUGGAAUUGUUUGGGUCUUAUUUUUCUAUUCUGCCUGUGUUACCUUUUUCUCCUCGUGUAAUUUGCAUGCUUCUUUUGUGUCCUUCCCAUGUUCCUGGUUGAUGAGUGUGACGUUGGGCUAGCUAUAUAGACUUGUGAAACGUGUCGAUGUUAUGAGUGAUGGGGCUCCUGGCCUAAAGAGGAGGAAAUGCCAAAAAGUUGACUGAGCAUGCCUUGUUCCGGAUCCCAACGCUCUUUGGUAUUCCCUCGAAUUCGCUGAGUGCCACCAUUUUGGCCAGAGCAUUGCGUCACACGGAUGGGAUUAUGUAACUAAAUAACCUUCCGCCGAGACUUUCGAGAGCCAGACACCAAGCUUGAUGGGCUCGAGAGGCAAAAACUGGCUCUGCUCGUGGCUGGGAGAAGGGCCUCGUGACAGCCUCUGUCUGGGCUACUUAUUGCCGAGCGCCAUCUUCUUUAGAGGGUCCUCUUUUCUGUCCUAAAGCUAUGGGGAACCGGGACGAGGAAAGGCCAAGCUAUAUCGCUGUCUCACAGGAAACAUCAGCAGCAUCAAGCCCGCAGCGGCGUUUAGUUACGAGACCGCUUAACUACCACAGCCCAAGCAAAAUAAUAUUGUUAUUGAAUCUAUCCAUUCAAAACCGGGUGGCUAUCCCCGAUUUGAAAGCUAUUUCCUUGGGCCGACUUUCCCCCAAGCUUUUUUCUUUUUCUUUCUUCUUUUUCCUUUUUUUUUCUCCUUCUUUUCUGGCCUUCCCGACGACAUCUUUCAUCCUUUCUACUUAUGCGUAGGGAUGGCAUAUCCACCUAUUCUGCGGCGACAACCUGCGUAAAGCUUACCCGAACCUGAACACUCUCUCACUCACACACACACUCUCUCUCUCUCUCUUUUGCUGUUUUUCUCUCGGAGGGAGAUCUUUCCCUUCGUUUCUUGCCACAAAUCGGGCCGGAGAUGGGCGAUCCCGCUUUUGAGGAUCAGAUAAACUUUGUCAUUUUAAACCCAUACAUUCGACUUGUUCGGGCUUUGCUUAUAUAUCUAUAACUGGAGAAGGUCUAUUGACCUCUUUUUCGUCUAUACUGCCCUUCGUUCGUUCUAUUCUUCCUUGACCGUGGUGGGGAGCUAUAUGAUAAGAUCGGCGUCUUUAUUUCAUCUGAUAAUCCCGACCGUGGAUACCGUAUCCGGGCUAUAGGUUCCUGUGUCUUAGUGACCUUUUUGUUACUUCUGGCCGGGAGUCUGUCGAUAUCUGCCUUCUCUCUCUGCUGUGAUCUUGUCGGGGACGAGUCUAGAAAGAAAAAGAGUCUUCACUUUUGUUGCCCCAUUAGAUGCCGUCGUCAGUGCCAGCUAGAGAGGACGUUAGAUCUCCUCUCCUU